CUACACUUUUUCUACUUCCGUUGAACAGAUACCGAAGUCGUAAACGAAUCGAGUCUCCAUCUUCCUUUCUUCACUCACAAAUUUAACCAGUUUUUUGGGAGUUAAAUAGCUUGAAAUGGCAGGAAUGAGAUUUUCGCCGGAAGAGUCGCCGGAAGCUAACCAACAUCUUCAGCUUCCGCAGCAACAGCUGCAGACCGGUCGAGAAGUGGCUUCCGAUGAUGACAGGUCGGUGGCUGCAGAUUCAUGGUCUAUAAAGAGCGAUUACGGAAGCACACUUGAUGAUGAGCAGCGCCACGCUGAUGCCGCCGAAGCCCUCUCCUCCGCUGCCAACUUCCGUCCCGCCUCUGAUUACAGUUCCGACAAGGACGAGCCAGAUGCAGAGACUUCAAUGCUUGGUCUUCAGAGUUACUGGGAUGCUGCAUAUCUUGAUGAGCUUGCCAAUUUUCGUGAACAUGGUCACGCUGGUGAAAUUUGGUUUGGAACUGAUGUCAUGGAUACUGUUAUUUCUUGGACCAAAAGCUUGUGUACUGAUGUUUCUCAAGGUCACAUCCCGAAUCAUGGUGGAGAGCCCAAGCCACAGUCUGUUGAACAGGAUGAAAAGUAUUUGUCUUGCUGGAGUGUACUUGACAUUGGCACGGGAAAUGGUCUGCUCCUUCAGGAGCUUUCUAAGCAGGGGUUCACAGAUUUAACUGGAACUGAUUAUAGUGAAGGAGCAAUUGACCUUGCUCAAAGCCUAGCUGAUCGAGAUGGAUUUUCAAACAUCAAGUUUCUGGUUGAUGAUAUUCUUGAGACAAAGUUGGAUAGACAGUUUCAACUUGUCAUGGAUAAGGGGACUCUCGAUGCCAUUGGCUUGCAUCCUGAUGGGCCUAUCAAAAGGAUUAUGUAUUGGGAUUCAGUUUCAAAGUUGUUGGCCCCCGGUGGAAUAUUAGUGAUUACAUCUUGCAACCAUACAAAAGAUGAAUUGGUCCAAGAGGUGGAAAAUUUCAAUCAAAGGAACAUUGCAAUAUCCCAAGAGCCAAGUGCAACGAAGGACCAAGAGACACACAGAGAUCAUCCCCCGUUUCGAUAUCUGAAUCAUGUUCGGACUUAUCCUACAUUCAUGUUUGGUGGAUCUGUGGGAUCACGCGUUGCCACUGUUGCGUUUCUAAGGAACUAAAUUCAAAGUUUAGGUCUUUAGUCAAAGUUUAGGUUUUUUGGAUUGUCGUGGUUGAAAAUGGUUAAGGAUCAUGCAUACUGAUUGGGACUGGAUAGAUAGACAUUUGAAGCUUUAAUUUAUCGGAUUCUUGAUUAUGUUUAUUUCCAUGAAAGAUACUGGUGUAGCUUGUGGUGAGAUUAUCCUAGGCAAUUGUGUUCCAUACGGGGUGUAAGGGUUAUGCAAUUGAUUACCAAUCAUGCCUUUUGAGUUUUGAUUCCAUGUGCUUCUGUUGCUUGUUUAGUUUCUUGACCGGUAAAGUGGUAACAGGAAAUUUGAGACAAUCCAAUAUAUAUUGCAAAAUUUAGGUGUUUCAUUAA